AUGGCGACCCGAUAUCGGAAGGGAAUGAACCCUAAGGUCCUCGAGGAUCACUGGAUCCGGUUAAAGAUCGAGGACGCCGAUACCAAACGCGAGGUCGAACGUUGGAUCCGACGGAUCCACGACCUGGUUCAGCCGGCUUUCGCGGAGCAGGGGAUCCCACCGGACGGGCUGCUCGGGCAAAGCGACGCCCGCAGGCAGCUCAAACAGCGGAUGAGGGACGACCUCUGGAAGCUGCCAGUGCUGACCGAACAGCGGGAGGAGGUGAUCGUACCAGCGUUGUAUGACCUAUAUCGCGUCUUUCGCGGCGCGUUUUCCCGUGGAGUGAGGGUCGCGAUGUCUCGUGAACUGUGCCGGCGCGAGCUCCAAUGCCAGCUCCCACCACACCCACCGCCACGGCCCCCGCUCCAGACAUGGAAACCCUCACUCCAAGUCCAGGGGAAACGCGCAGCGGAAGAAGUGAUACAGGUCAUACAAGGCUGGUAUGACUUCCUCCUCCCGCUGCUCGGCCAGCACUGGCAGCUUUCAGAGGUCGUCCCUCAUGCGCUGUUUCAGCUGCCUGCGGGCGUCGCUUUGCCCGAGCAGCCCGUCCGGUGGGAUCCCCUGCUCCGCGAAAGCCGGCUGUACCAGGUUGUGGAUCCGUCGGAUCCAGCGUUCGACCUCGCGUUUGGUAUCGGCGUCCUCGAUCUUCAGCCGGAUCCAGUGAUCCUCGACAGUCUUGGAGUCCAUGCCCUUCCGAUAUCGAAAGAUGUAAAAGGUGAGAAAGGUGAGAAAGGUGAGAAAGGUGAGAAAGGUGAGAAAGGUGAGAAAGGUGAGAAAGGUGAGAAAGGUGAGAAAGGUGAGAAAGGUGAGAAAGGUGAGGGAGGUGAGAAAGGUGAGAAAGGUGAGAAAGGUGAGGGAGGUGAGACAGGUGAGAAAGGUGAGAAAGGUGAGAAAGGUGAGAAAGGUGAGGGAGGUGAGAAAGGUGAGACAGGUGAGAAAGGUGAGAAAGGUGAGGGAGGUGAGACAGGUGAGAAAGGUGAGAAAGGUGAGACAGGUGAGGGAGGUGAGAAAGGUGAGGGAGAAGGCGAGGGAGGUGAGAAAGGCGAGGGAGAAGGCGAGGGAGGUGAGAAAGGCGAGGAAGGUGAGAAAGGUGAGGAAGGUGAGGAAGGUGAGGAAGGUGAGAGGAAGUUCAGAGAAGGGGCAAAGCCUCGAGUAUAA